AUGCCACUUUCUCAGCCAUGUAGCAUAAACAUCUCUCCGCAUCCAAACCUAUCUACUCGCAGUUUGAAUCUUCUUAAGCGGCUUCAGGAAAGAGAAAUGUGUCCGCAUCUGCCUGGAAGACUCACAUUGGACAACAAUCGCUUCUAUUCCAACGUGUAUCCAAACAAAACUGCAUUCAAGGUCAACCAGCAGCCAGAGUUUGUCGUUCGAAAGUUUACCGUAGAUGGGCAUUAUUUGAUCUGUUUUUCAAAAAACACGCAUGCAGUUCGAAUCUACAGAUAUCAUAUACCGCACAAUUCUACUAUCUAUGCUCAACCUUUGGCUUUACAUGUUGCUUCUCAGCCCCUUCCAUUUGUUUCCGGUAAUACUGCACGGAGCAAUGAUUCGUUGGAAACUUCACUUGCAGACGGAUCCUAUCUAGCAUCAACUACACAGUCAAAACCUACCAACUCGAGCACUGUUGAUCCAUCCAUAUGCAUUUCACUAAACUCGUCCAAAUCACAUUUUAAACCGUCACAUACAAAAUCAGGGAUGCCAUCAGAUCCUGUAUAUCCUGCCGAAGAUCACCAGUUAGAGUUUGACACAGUGUUUAAAAUACAUUUUGAAAAAUUAUUGACGAGUGGGAGUGAGAUGUUAUGUAAAGACUUUUGCCUGUUUGCACCCAAUGGACGACACAUGAUUUUAUCUUCUGCUGUUCCAUCUGGAAAUACUGUCGAAGAAGGUCGGAGAUUUCCAUCAUCACUUGACUGUAUUCGAAAUUUGGAUCAUAUUACAUUUUGGGUAAUGGAUAUUCAUACAGGCGAGGUAACGGAUAAAAUGACGUUCAAGAAUGAUUAUAUUUACCUGACAAAUCAUGCGGGUGUACAUUUGCAUCAAAAUCUUCUUGGGAUUACUUCGGUUCAAAACCAAUGUGUAUAUAUUUUAAAACUCUUGGAUGCUGGAAAGCUUAUUCAUAUCAACACGGUUGGAUACUAUACACAGAAAGAUGAUGAAGCCAUCAUUGAACGCCAAAAUGAAGUGGAGGCAGAAUUUAGAAGGGAAGCAAAAAAACGUCAAGCUCAGUUGGAUACACCCCACCGAGCUGUCAGGUUCAAUCCUCAUACACCUCAUAGACGUACAGUAUCUUCUUCAUCUCUAUCACAGUUUGAGCAAGUGGGUUUAAUAGAUACAUUGGAGAAUGCUGGUAGCACCGCGCCAUUAGUUCCACCAACUUUCAAUGCUGUAUCUACACAUGAUACCAAUAUUGGAGGGACACAGACAAUUGCAGAUGUGCCGCUGCCUGUGCAAAGGGAAAGUGAGUCGGGGCGUGUAUUACAGCCUGAACCUUUGCAACAGCAACAAAAUCCCAGUCAUCAACCAUUUCGACCAAGGCGUGUUUCAUUUACCUUGCCAAUAACAGCUAGUGAAACUGCUCGUCUGUUGCCAGUAUCUCCUAUAUCAAAUCCAAAUCUACAUUUUCGGGCACAUCCAUAUCCUCUUCCACAUUCUCGCCUUUCGUCUCAAUCACAGCCAGGUCGUUUACUUCCACAUAUUCAACAACAGGAUCCAUCACAAUGGAAUUCGUCGUGGGUAGAGCAAUUUCCGCAAGACACUGCUUUUGAAGUUCGCCAGUCUGCUCAUCCAUACGCCCCUCUUCCAGCUACACGACUAUACAAUAUCGUUGGACGUCGCGUAGAUAUUGAUACGGGAUUCAAUGUUCCUAGGUCGCCAUUAGCUGGCGGAGGUCCUAUCCGAUCUACAUUACAGCCACCAUCUACCUCUUUGCAUGCACUUUCCAGACAAAUUACUUCUCAGACGGAUGCUAAUACAUUACAAACCCGUGCAGUAACUAGUCCCACCGCUACAGCGUCCGCUGUAGCUACAACUUCUGACAAUAAUCUGGAUAGACGUAACGAGCAAGGUAGCACUGAUAGUAUGCCAAUUAAUACUGGAAACCGAAAUUUCAGUAAUCUUGGUUUUGAAAACACAAUUCAUUCACUUUCUCGCAGACCAACACUUCGGCCAAUGGUGCACACCUCACAUGGAAUAGCAACUCAGCAUUCUUCUCGUCCAUUUGUUCCCCCUAUUACUCAGCGUCCUGUUACUUUAGGAUACACUCGAGAUAAUUAUUUACGGCAAAACUCUUCCGUGGAAACUAACGAAGGCUAUGAUAGCCAAGCUGAAUCAAUGUAUCCGUUGAGUGGCAUCAAGCAUCGUAUGCUAGCAUACCUGUAUCGUCGUGCCAUUGCUAGUAAAGUUCCAGGGGCUAUUGGUCAUUUUCAUCUUACGUAUCCAUAUUUUGCUUCAUUGGUGAUGUGGCGCAUGCAAUUUCUAGACUGUGAUCAUAUUCUCUUGAAACUUGGAUCAAUCGAUAAUGUCACUGGUCAGUUAAUGGAGCAAGCCACGGGAUAUAUCUCGUUUUUUGUAGUAUACUCACUUUCGACAACCAAAAUUCUUGGUGUAUACGAGAACAGUUCUCAAGAGCUGUUUGAUAUUUUUGAGAAAUGGGGAUGUUUUCACGGCACAUCAUACAUGUCUACUCGAUCCACGCCGGUUCCUGACUGUCCUACCUCUCAAUCUGAGAUAGAUCCUUUCAAUCCUGAUAGCGACGAAGGAGUAACCAUUCAUGCCAUGCAACAGUAUGCGACUCUUUAUUGUAACAAUGAAUAUGCUCGCGAUCUGGCGCGCAAACACAUGUAUGCGGUACGCAAAGCUCGCAAUGGAGGUGCAUCACAAGCUAUUCGUCGUAUUCUUUCUUCACUGCCCAUUAAUCCGCAAUCGUUUUCCACCUCUGCCUAUUUUGAUCACGACCUGUUUUCGUAUGACGAUAAAGUUUUGAAUAGCUGCGAUCGUAUGCGGUCCUCUUUGGAGUUUCCUUGCAAAUUCUAUUGUCGACGCACGGGAAAGCUAAAAUUCAAGCUGGAGACUAAUGCUAUGGCUAAUGGACGAACUCGUGGUGAAAAGACAAAUGUGCUAUAUAUUUUUCACCCUGUUGAUCCAUUUGUUAUUACAGUACAGCAUGUGCAGAAUAUUCCUACGGUUAUGAAUAUGCACUAUGCGAGUUUUUAA